GUGCACGUGAAGUAAACGUCACGUAAACGAAAUUAACUCGCGUAAGUGUCAACCUGAGGUGACAACACUUUCACCAGUAGAUCACGGCCUUCCCACGGAGAAACCGUGCGAAGGAAAGCUUCGGGAAAAUGUUUAUUGUCUCCAUAGAUAAAAAGAGGAACCCAUGCAUCAGAUGAAUUGGAAAUAUGAUGAUGUUGUGCUCAGAUUUCACGAGGAAGCAGCCCAGAGUCAGAUUAAAACCAUCUCUCAAGUUGUCUCAGAUACUGCUAUGGCUGUUGCUAACAACGCUUGUUGCAACAUGUUCAGCCAACAGACCACCCCGCUUUUUGAUCGAUGGACGAUCAGAAAUUGUCGUAAGAUUAAAGGAAGGACCCGAGACGCCAGUAGGGAGUCUAAUUUACCGACUCCGGGGUAUUGACCCCGAUGGGGACACGUUGAAAUUCGGUAUUAAAGACCAAAUUGGUAGUGAUAUAUUAAGACUAGAAGCCAUUUCGUCCAACGAAGCUAAUGUAUAUUUAGUUAAGGAAUUAGAUAGAGAGACCCGAGAUGAAUACUCAUUUGUCUUAACGCUGACCGACGGAUAUUUAGGGGAGGGUAACUUUGUCACCCAAAGCUUUUUGUUGUUAGUCGAAGAUGUAAACGACAACGAACCAGUUUUCAAACCUUAUCCCUCUGCUGUCACAGUAAGAGAAGAUGCUGAUCCUGGUAUUUUAGUCACUGUAGAAGCCACCGAUCUGGAUGAAGGGGCAUACGGCCAAGUACUUUAUCAAUUACAAGAAUUAGAUGGAGAUCUUGAAAACUUCCUAAUACAAACAGUGAAUGGGAAAGGUGUGAUACGCUUAGUAAAUGGGUUAGAUUAUGAGCGAAAAUCCCUUUAUCAAUUGAGAGUAUUGGCCGUGGAUCGUGCCAAUCAAGGCAGGAUUAAUACAGGGACAGCUGCUAUUUUAGUGAAAGUCCAGGACGUUGAGGAUCAACCGCCAGAGUUUAUUGUUGCGAGUCCCGUUACUAGAAUCAGCGAAGAUGCUCCUAUUGGGACUUCAGUUUUACAAGUGCGAGCUAUUGAUGGAGAUAGAGGGAUUAACAAUCGUAUAUCGUACAGUAUUGUGUCAGGUGGAGAGGAACAUUUUGACAUUGAUGGCACUUCUGGUAUCAUUUAUACCUUCAACCCAUUGGAUAGAGAAGAUCCACUUAACAGCAAUGGGGCCUACAUCUUGGAGAUAUUGGCUACAGAGGAAUCACAACAAAUAUCCCCUUUGCCGAGUGCAACCACUGAGGUAACAAUCAUAGUAACAGAUGUCAAUGAUGAGAUACCUAGGUUCCGCAGCGAGCAGUAUGUGGGAGAAAUAUUGGAGAAUGCACAACAGAAUACACCCAUCACCCUUUUACAGCAUGGUGUACCUGAAGUCUAUGAUUACGAUCAGGGUAAAAAUGGAACAUUUGAUUUAUAUUUAAUAGGUGAUAAUGGUGUAUUUGAUGUCACGCCAUUUAAAGGUGUCAAUGAGGCUUCAUUCCUUAUCAGGGUGAAUAAUCCUUCAUAUCUUGAUUAUGAAAAAACAACAAUGAUGAAUUUUACUCUAAUCGCCAAAGAAGUUGUUACCAAAGAACCAAAAAUGAGUAUAGUGCCAAUAACAGUUUACAUAAAGGAUGAGAAUGAUAACUUCCCGGAGUCAGUACCAGAGAAUUGUGGUAUAGGUACUACAGUUGCUUGGGUACAAGCUAUGGACCAAGAUUCUGAUAAUUAUGGUACAAAAGGGAUCCGAUACACAAGCCUUAGAGGAAGUAUUGCACAUUUAUUAAAUCUUAAUGAGGUAACUGGUGUAAUAACAGUAAAACAAUCAGGAGACGGCAGUUUCGAUAGAGAGUUGGUCUCAAGACACUAUUUGACUGUGGAAGCGAGAGACGACCAAGGCAAUGGUAACAGAAAUACAGCACAACUGGUGAUUAAUAUAGAAGAUGUCAAUGAUAAUGCACCAAUGUUCUUAGCAAAUAAAUAUGAAGCCAGAUUGUUAGAGAAUGAGAAACAUUUUGAAAAUCCACUAAUUGUUGAGGCAAGGGAUGCUGAUCUAAAUGGAACGAAAAAUAGCCACAUAGAAUAUUCAAUAGUGGGUGGUGAUUAUAAGAACAAUUUCACCAUCGACCCUAACCUCGGAAUCAUCUCUCCAGUGUCCGGUUUGGACUUUGAACAGAUACCGGGCGACAACAGCAACAUACGGUCGAUACAUUUAGUUGUAAAGGCCCGUGACUUCGGCGUGCCAGCGCUGUCAUCGACGGUGCCAGUGACGGUGUACGUGCAGGACGUCAACGACCACGCCCCCAUGUUCCAGCAGAUGUUUUACAAGCGCUCCAUCCCUGAGGACAUGCCCGGCGGGACUAGUAUAUUAGAGGUGAAAGCUCUUGACAUGGACGGUUCGUCCCCGAACAACCGCGUGGUGUACCGCAUGGAGCGCGGCGCCGCGGACAAGUUCGUGGUGAGCGCGGACAGCGGCGAGCUGCGCGUGGCGCGCGCCGCCCGCCUCGACCCCGACCUCACCAGCCCCAAGCUCACCACAUACACACUCACACUGGUCGCUAUAGACGGUGGUAUUGGUGAGCAGCAGCUGCGGGCGGCCGUUCUCGUUAAUAUUACUAUAGUCGACGUUAACAACAAGCCUCCUAUAUUGUACGAGCCUGGUACUGUCUCUGUUAUGGAAAAUACACAGGUGGGUACAGUUAUCUACCGUGCGCAAGCGCACGACCCCGACGAGCAGCCCGUGCUGCGCUACACCGUGGAGCGCGCGGGCAGCGCCGCACGCACUGAGGAGGGCGUGCCGCUACACCUCUCUGAGUGCGACUACCUCUCUGUGUGGGACUUAAACCCUGUUGAUGGAACUCUCAAAGUUGUACGGCUUUUGGAUCGAGAGAAAAUAGAAACAGUGAAACUGGUUAUAAAAGUAGAAGAUAUGGCCGCGAUUGAAACAGGGCCGAAGCAGACGGCGACGGCAACACUUACUAUUGUCGUUGAAGAUGAGAAUGACAACAACCCUAAGUUCAGGAAGCCUUACUACAAGACUUCGAUAGCAGAGAACUCAAAGAACGGGGCACUUAUUGAUAAAGUUAUUGCGGAUGACGCUGAUAAGAAUAGAACUAUGAGCUAUUUUCUUGAAGGUCCUCCGGAGUUAUUAGAGCUGGUACACCUGGAGAAGUCUACCGGCGAGCUGGUGGUUGCCAGCAAGGUGGACCACGAGCAGCACUCCUGGAUCAACCUCACGGUGAAGGCGGUGGACAGUGGCCUGCCGCCGAGAUACUCCAUAGUGGAUCUAUUUAUACAGGUUUUAGAUGAAAACGACAACAACCCUGUAUUCGAAGCGGGAGUGUUAGAGUUGACAAUCCCGGAGGACGUUGCUCCGGGGACUGCGGUCGCGGACAUCGCGGCGAAGGACGCGGACUCCGGGGAGUUCGGCAAAAUCACUUAUUUAUUAGAUCGUAUGUCCACACAGGGCAAGUUCCUUAUAAGAGCGGAGACGGGCACGCUGGUGGUGUCGGAGCCGCUGGACCGCGAGACGCAGAGCAGCUACACGCUGGUGGUGGAAGCCUGGGACAACUACCAGUUUGGUUUCCUCAGCGGGGAGAGCAGAAACGCAUUCAAACAGAUCGUUGUCCACGUUGGCGACGUGAACGACAACCCGCCGGUGCUGAAGCUGGGCAGCGAGUGCGCCACCGUGACGGAGUUCCACGAGCCGCGCGAGCCCGUCGCCGCGCUCGCCGCCAGCGACGCGGACGACGCAGACACGCCCAACGGACAGCUCUCCUUCCAGCUCGUCGGCGGCAAGGGACACGAGUUGUUCCGCCUGGAGUCGGUAUCAGGCGAGAGGAACACGGCGCGUGUGUUCGCCCGCCAGUCGCUGCAGGACCGCUUCGGUAACUACUCGCUGGUAGUGGAGGCGCGCGACGCCGGCCGCCCGCCGCUCGCCGCGCGCGGAGUACUGCGUCUCUGCGUCACUGACUACAACGACCACCCGCCCGUGUUCGUGCACCCUCCGCAGAACGUCACUAUUAAAGUACCAGAGAACGCAACAAUCGGCACCGUGGUGGUGGAGGUGCGCGCCAUCGACGCUGACAUCGGGCCCAACCUUAGAAUAGAAGCAUACGACUUAGGUAUGCCGACUCCGUUAAGUUCUGAUUUGGACCUCACCAUAUACGUACAGAAUGUGGACAACUACCGACCUCGCUUCCCUGAUAAAGAUAUUUCCAUUAACAUUACUGAAAAUGUAUCAGAUUAUGAAAUUAAUUUACCAAAUGUAGUGGAAAGAGACCCUAUAGAUAGAGGAGAUGAGCCUAUUCUGCCCGUUUGUUAUUAUAUUGUGGAAGGAAAUGAAGACGCCAUGUUUGAUUUGGAUAGAAGCACACACAGGUUAUCGUCAAUAGUAUUAGAUCGUGAGCAGAAAUCGAACUACACGUUGACGGUGUUGGCGAGCGAGGACUGCGUCAACACGCCCACGUAUCGCGCGUCAGAAGACGCCGUCAGUUCUCUGACAGUUUACGUCACAGUGUCAGAUGUCAAUGACAACGCACCGAAGUUCGUCAGUCAGAUAUUUACUGGAGGGAUUACUACGGAAGCCGAUUUUGGAAUCGAAUUCAUGCACGUUAAGGCUAUAGAUAUAGAUGAAGGUGACAACGCGAAAAUAAGUUACUAUUUGAUCGGAGAAGUGAAGGAGACAUUAACAGAGGGUUUAGAAAACUUGGCGGUGUCUCCCUUCCUCGUGCACCGCGACACUGGCGCUGUCUCACUCAACUUCGACCCGCAGAAAGGGAUGAAGGGAUACUUUGAUUUUAAGGUAUUAGCAAACGAUACUGAUGGUUACCAUGACGAGUCUCAUGUGUUCAUAUAUCUGUUACGAGAAGACCAGCGCGUGCGGUUCGUGCUCCGCGCGCACCCGGCAGAGAUACGAGACAAGAUACAAAUGUUCAGAGAAACGUUAGCACAUGUGACACAAUCCGUGGUCAAUAUCGAUGAUUUGAGGGUCCAUGAGAACAAAGACGGCUCAGUAGACCACACGAAGACAGACUUAUACCUACAUUUAGUGAAUAAAGAGGACCACUCGGUGCUCGAAGUGGACCAAGUUUUGAAACUCGUGGAUAAUAAUAUCGAGCAGUUGGACAGUCUUUUUAAGGAGUUUAACGUGAAAGGAUCUAAUCCAAUAUGGCUGCAGGCUUACGAGAACGACUGGUACAAAUCCGAUGAACAACUAAGUCAAUCUGAACGUGAUUCUUUAGAUGAAAAUGCAGUCAACCAGGACUUGGCCAGCGAUAAACCUUAUUUUAUAACAACUGGUGCGUUCCCUUCGAUACAAUCUGAUGAGACGGAAACUGGAACGAACCAAGCUGAUUGCGCAUUCUAUCAACAGCUAGAGCAAAUGAAAAACGCCAAAAAUAUGGAAACUACUGAACUGUAAACGUGUAAAUAAUAAUUGGUUUAAAAAUGUAUUUAAAACUAUAAUUAAGCUCCUAAUAAUCGAAAAAUGAAUAAAAUUAGGUUGUCGCCAGUCGAUGUUCUAAGAGUGACAAGCUAGCAAUAAUACCGUCUUUUCUGCAUAGUUUUUGUAUCUGUUUUAUAUUUUUUUAUUCUGUAGAAACAGUUGGCGUCACCAAAAGCAGGAGACCUCCCUCCCUUGGUGGUUAUGUCUAUACUAAUGUUAUAAAGAGGAAUGAUUUUUAAUUUUGGAUUUUUGUAUGUUUUGAAAUAACUCAAGAACUACUGAGUGGAUUUCAAAAAUUCUUUCAUUAAUAAAAAACUAUGUAGUCCCCGGGUAACAUAGGCAACAUUGUUUUGCAAUUUUUAUUUUCACGUAGACGAAGUCGCGAGCAAAAACCAGUACGAUAAAACUGGGUUUUGACUGCAGUGACAUUGUAACACUGUCAUCUCUAACAUUUGCUUUGAAUAAAAAGGGACAACAGUAUUUGUCAAUACAAAUGUCACGGCAAUCUACACCCGCAAUAAUAUCUCGUAUAUUUUAAACAAAGAACAAUUAUCAGAAAUUAAAUUGUUAAUCGCCCUAUUGAGUUAAAUAAUUAAGCAAUCACUGCCAAAUACGAUAAUGGAUAAAGAUUAUUCAUGUCGUCAGACAAUGUUCUGUAGAUAAUUAGUUCAGACUGGUUUAAUACAUACUAUGUUUUCUUGCGACAUUGUUUGCUUAAAUUUAAAAAUAGACUAUGUCACUCAGUAAUAAUGCAGUUUCCUAAUGGUGAAAUAAUUAUAAAAUGGUAGAUAAAAUGUACAAACAUCGUAAAAGCAACCAUUUGUACCAGAACAAAAUUGCAUAUUAUAAAAAUAUUUGUUUAAAA